AUGGAUAUCCACCGAUGCCGAUUCGUGCACUAUCCGCCCUCGACAAUCAAUGCGCUCGCCUUCUCCCAAUCUAAAAUCACAGACGAGACGAAAACCGCACCGCCUCGUCUCGCAGUCGGUCGCGCAAAUGGCGAUAUCGAGAUCUGGAAUCCUCUGAGCGGAUCAUGGCUCCAGGAGACGAUUAUACGGGGUGGAAAGGAUAGGAGCAUUGAUGGCUUGGUGUGGACGCAGGAUCCUAAUGAGGAGAUCCAGGGCGAGACUUUGAUUGGGAAGUCGAGACUUUUUAGUUGUGGAUAUACGACUACGGUUACGGAGUGGGAUCUUGAGAGGGGUGUGCCGAAGAGACACGCGAGUGGGAAUCAUGGCGAGAUCUGGUGUUUGGCUGCGCAGCCGCCUCUGCUCGGGCCUGCUAAGGAGGGGGAAUGGGCGGGUCAACAUCUCAUUGCUGGGUGUACGGAUGGUGCGCUGGUGUUGUAUUCGACGCAGGAUGAUGAUUUGCAACUUCAGAAAAUCUUGAUCAGGCCGAGUUCGAAGAAGGCGAAGAUCAUUAGUGUGACGUUCAAGGACAGGAAUAUCGUGGUUGCUGGAUGCUCUGACAGUAUGAUUCGCAUUUUUGAUAUUCGGAAUGGUGCAUUGUUGAGGAGUAUGUCGUUAGGUGCUGGUCCGGCUGGUGGACCGAAAGAGAUUAUUGUCUGGACAGUUAAGACGUUGAGGGAUGGGACGAUUGUUUCGGGCGAUUCGACAGGCGAGUUGAGGAUUUGGUCGGGCGAGACGUAUACUUUGAAGCAGAGGAUCAAAAGUCAUAGGCAGGAUGUUCUCAGUCUUGCGACAAGUGCGGAUGGCUCGACAGUCAUAACCGGUGGUAUGGAUCGAAGAACUGUAGUAUACAAGCAAGUUGGAAAGGGAAAAUCUCGGUGGGCAGAAGUCUCUCACCGCAGAUAUCAUAAGCAUGAUGUAAAAUCAAUGGCAACUUUCGAAAGCAAGGGCAUGAGUGUUGUCGUUUCAGGUGGCCCGGACGCUGCACCAAAUGUUCUCCCGCUUUCUCAAUUCGGACUCGAAAAUCAGCGAGCACUACCAUAUAUACCCCAAGACUCGAUCAUACAAAGCUCGAGCAAAAGAAGACUGAUGAUGAGUUGGUGGGAUCGAGAGAUCUUAAUAUGGCGACUAGGAAAGUUCCCAAAAGCUAAUGCUAAUUCAGAAGAUGAAGAGGAAGACCCGUCACGGACUCGAAAACUUGUGGCGAAGAUUCUGUUAAAAGGGGAAUCAAAUAUUACUUCUGCUUCUUUAAGCCGAGACGGUACAUUACUUGCAGUUGCUACUGUCGACGAUGUCAAGCUAUUCCAGCUUAGAAACAAGAAAACUGAAGAUGGCCUUCGCGUUUCAAAAAUCGAAGUGCCAUCGACCGUUUCCUCUGGGGCACGAUUGAUCCAAUUUUCGCCAAACGGGAAGUGGCUUUGCAUUGUCCGACCAGAUAGUCGGAUCCUAGCUGCUAGGGUCGUUCAGGAGGAAGGAUCUUUUGUUUUACAUCGAAAACUUUCGAAAUUAAGAAGAAUUGAUCGCGAAGCUCCGAAGAUUGUUCUGCUAGGUGGUCUUGGUCGCUAUGAUAGAACUGUAAGCAAGAUUGCUUUCUCAACAGACAGCAACGUACUAGUGGUCAGCGAUUUAGCGGGAUAUAUGGACAGCUUCGUACUUUCGGGCGAGGAAGAUCUUUCACUUGAUACCCCAGAUGUGGACGAAUUCGGUUCAGCUUCCGACUCCUCGGAUUCAGAGAGCAGUAGCGAAGAUGAGGAAGAGAUCGUUAUCGCGCCACAUAAACUCAUAUUUGGUCAACAAUGGUUACGUAACCCAUCCGCCUCAUCGAUACCUAAAUUACCGUCUGCUCCUACCAUAAUAUCCUUCAGACCAGACAGCUCUGCCAAGAAUGGCCACGUUAAUAGAGUCUCACCUCAUCCGACACGCAACAAUCCACACCCAAUAUCUCGUGCUUUACCAACAUCCGCUACUACACCUGAUCGUCUGUUCAUCAUGACUGCAUGCUCUUCCGUAUUCGAGUUUAAUGUUCUGUCCGGUUCUCUGACUCCUUGGUCGCGCCGUAAUCCAUCAUCCAUCCUCCCAGAGGAUUUCCGCAGAAAUCGUGAUCACGCUAGGGGAUGUUUCUGGAAUGUUACAUCUGAACAAGCUCGCAUCUGGUUAUACGGAGUAGGGUGGUUAUGGAUGUUUGAUCUGAAUGUUGAUUUCCCUCUUCCAAACGAGGCCACAUCUACUGCUCUUGUCAACGGUAGUAAGUCAAAGGAAAUCGCUGAAACGCCGAACAAAAAGCGAAAGCACAAGGGAGGAAACGAAAUUAGCACAGGGGCUGGUUCCGCGAUCGCUAAUGGUAACCUCGAAUUGGGGAUUUCAAGAAAAAUCCAGAAAGUUGCCGAGGGAGGAAAGAAGCAAAUUAGAGAAGAUAUUGACAUCAAUGCUUCUCCAUUUGAUGAAAUGGACCUCGACACCGACGCAGAAGGGCCAACAGCUCUUGAGCGUCUGAGAAGAGGAUCUUCUGCUGGAGAAGCUCGCGCGAGUGGAGCGAAAGCAAGCUGGCGUACCUACAAGUAUCGACCCAUCUUGGGCGUUGUGGUAUUGGGGGAGGAAGAAGGCGAAGCGGGUCUUGAGGUUGCUAUUGUUGAAAGACCGAUUUGGGAGGUGGAGCUACCUCCCCGCUACUAUGGUGACCAGGAGUGGGAGAAGGACGGUUUGUGA